AUGCAGCUGCCCCGCGCUGCAGACAUCUCCGUCUGCUUCUCCUGUGCCAAGGGCUGGGAUGGCUACCCGUUGACUCAGCCACUAAAGGGAGGCAUCGGCUUUCGUUGCUUCUGCUGUGAUAAGCACUGCUAUGGCGUGCGCUAUCAGCUUGCAGAGGACGGCCGCAUGGCUACAACGUGGGUUCCGGAAGAGGUCAGACCCGAAGACACAUCCGGCAUCCCGUGUUUGGGGGCAUGGUUGGCUGUGCUGCAGCUGGAUAGCUUCCUCGACAAGGCUGGGAAGUGCGUAGCGAAAUGCCGAGGGAUCACUAAGGCUCCCUAA